GUCCAAAAUUGAGAAAAGGCGAGCAAACCAAUGGUAUAGGUAAACUACAAAACAUGAAGCUGAAGUAGAUCGAUGCACUUUGUGCAAGAAACAAUCCUCCCCAAUUGAUCCAAAAAAAAAAAAAAAAAAAAGACAGAGUAAUGGGGAGCCGCAGGAAGGAAAGAUGCGGGUGGUGCGGGUUGAAGCUAAUGGUUCCAUCGGAUUCUCAGAGCUUCCAGUGUGCAGUCUGCCAAGGCAUCACAAGGGCUCCCACUCGGCCCCCUCUUGACUUGCAGCUGGCGGCGCCCACCUACCGGCCGCCGUACUACGGUGGCGGCGGCUAUGCUAGCUCUCUGCCGCCACUACUGCGCCCUCCGCCGCCGCCGCCGCCUAGUUUGCCCUACGGAAGGAAGAAGGCGCUGCUGUGCGGUGUCGGCUACCGAGGGAAAAGGUACCAAAUCAAAGGCAGUAUUAACGAUGUGAAGUGCAUGAGGUAUUUCCUGCUUCACAAGUGCGGCUUCCCUCCCGAUUCCAUUCUCAUGCUCACGGAAGAUGAAACAAACCCGAUGCGGAUUCCGACAAAGGAGAACAUAAGGAUGGGGCUAAGGUGGCUGGUGCAAGGGUGCCAGGCUGGGGACUCGCUGGUGUUCCAUUUCUCCGGCCAUGGCUCCCGGCAGCGCGACUACGACUUGGACGAGGUGGACGGCUUUGACGAGACCUUGUGCCCUCUCGACUUCGAGACCGAGGGGAUGAUCAUCGACGACGAGGUCAACGCCACCAUCGUCAGGCCCUUGCCCCGUGCUGCCACUCUUCACGCUAUUAUCGAUUCCUGCUACAGUGCCACGCUCCUUGACCUGCCAUUUGCCUGCCGAAUGAACAGGGAUGGGCAAUACACGUGGGCCGAUCACAGGCGGCCGUCACCAUAUUACGCUACCAAAGACACCAGCGGAGGUUUAGCCAUUUGCUUCAGCGCUUGUAAUGACGAUGAAACCAGUGCCGACACCACUGCAAUGACGGGGAAUAUAUCGACGGGAGCACUGACGUACAGCUUCAUCCAAGCGGUGCACAAUGAGCCCGGUCUCAGUUACGGGCGCCUUCUAACCGCUAUGCGCCAAGCCAUCCAACUCGCCAGAUCUGGUGGCUUGCGCCUUACCGGCCCUAUUGCUUCCCUCCUAAACAACACACUCUUUAGCACACAGCUAAAACAGGAGCCUCAGUUGACUUGCUCACAGACAUUUGAAGUUUAUUCUAGGCAAUUUACUCUCUGAACCCAUAUCCUUCAUUCCUUUUGUGCGUGGAAGUGGGAUGACAACCUACUAACUCACUCCUCCUGUCCGAGACAAUUACUUUUGUGUUUGGGACCACCUAAUUGUAUGUUGGAAUAAAAAACAAAAAGUAUC